AUGCAAAUUGCCACUACCCAGAAAGUCGUGAAUGCGCUCUCUCCUGCCCGCCGCGUCCCCGACGUGCGCCGCGCCGCAGUCAACACUAAUGUCACUGCCAACCCGAAUGCGGAUAGCAAGAUUGUUAAGACGCGUAUCCCGAGGCCUACGAUUACGGCGGUGAAAGAGGCUAGUGUACGGAGGCAGUCGAGGCUUUGGGCGAGGAUGACGAGUGUGGUUAUUCGGCGUAAGAUUACGGUACUCGCUGCCGAGACCACUACGGAGGCGGAUAUUGACGAGGAAGAGUUAUAUGAGGAGGUCAAGAAGCCUACGAUGGAGUUUGAAGAGCCGGCGUCGGAGAUCGAUGAGCCCGCGGACGACGACAUGGACAACACUUCGCUCAUGUUCAACGACAACAGCUUCGAUGACUCCGUCAGCCCUGAGCAGCAGACUUCUGCCAUGAACCUCUUCGGACGGAAGAUGGACGCCAGUGAAGGAGUUUUAGCUUUUGUCGAAAGGCCACAUUCGGCGAAGGCUCCAGCUUCACGGCUGCCUGUUGUCAAGCCAAAAUCUGUUGUUGUCUCCCAGAAGACUACGAAACGACAGAUGACUACUUCGGAGACAACGUCAGCAUCAUCAUCGAAUCGCGACGCCACGGCGUCAAAGCCACGCAAGCCGGUCGCUCCGGUGGCAGCUCUGCGCAAGACUCCGAACAAGCCAACCACUGUUGCCAAGUCGCUCCCGAAGCGGAACUUGGCUCCAAUUUCGUUGUCAAAGCGUAGAGUCAGCCGUACGAACACGAAGAGGUCCGCAAGGAAGCCAGAUGCGCAGGCAUCACGCAAGGCUAAGACUGUACUGAAGUCGGCCAUGCGCAAGCCCAACUCCCAGGUCGUCAAGAAGCACGUUUGCUACGUUGAGGGACCCAUCGCGCCACGCUUCUACGACGUAGAAGAGACCGUCAAGCAGUCCGCUACUGCAGUUGAUGGGUCCACAGCGUCCUUUUCCUGGGAGCCACUGACGGGCCUUCUCCACUCUCAGCCACCCUCGCCAGGCAGAGGUGCAACUCAACUCUUUGAAGGCUCCGACAGUGGCGCUCUGACCAUCAAGCGACGCUUCCUCAACCGCUACGCCAGCGUCCAGCGGUACGCGGCGCGCCGCCGCCAAGAAGCGUUGGCUCGCAGCGAGCGAGCAGCGCUGGGUCAGCUUGACUACGGCAACGCAGACUUCAGGAUCGCCUUGCAGGCCUCCAAUGUCAUCACCGCGGAUGACAUUGGCAUGAUGCAGGAUCUGAGCAACAUCGGCAAGGCUGGCAAGUUGUGGUGCGGUAAUCGGGCUUCGGCAACACCGGUGCUGGUUUUCGGGUCGUUCAAGGAGCCGUUCGACAACGCGGCUAUCCCGGCGAAGGGUGUCAAGGCGUACAAGAAGCCUUUGCGAUGGCCGAUCACUGGGGUUGAGGCACGGUUAGAGAAGUUUGCGGACGAGCACCUGAAGUCUCUUCAGGGUGCCGAUUUGGUGAUCUGA